UUCAAAACCUGUUUUUGUGUUUUGCGUUGUAAAUUGAUUGCUUACGCGUUGGAUGUAGUUAUAGGUAUUCUUGUUAUGAUGGAGUCUUUCGGUGAAUUUGACCCUGCCACACCAGUCACCAAACAGUAUUGCACACCAUGCUCAGUGAAAGACUAUGACGAUCAAUGCUCCAGUGUAACAAGAGAUGCACUAGAAAACUUGAUUGAAUAUAUCGAUAAAAAUCCACAGAUUUAUAAGAGUAUCUUAAAUAAAAGAAAAAUUGAUGACCUAGAGAAUGAAAGCAUGUUCUCUUUCCUCAAGACGCGGUUUAUGUCAUCUACGAGGUACUUGCCGUAUCUGACAAAGAAUGCCAAAAUAAACUGGAGCAGAUAACUGGAGAUAUGGUCAAAGCUUUUCAUUAUGGUCAAGAGGUCAAAAAUACUCCUUUGCGCUUUUCCAAACGAUUAGCACUCAGAAGUGCUAGAGAACGUGCAAGGAAGUCAACUGCCAAAAUUCUUGAUGAAUCUUACCAAGAAGGGCCACCUAGCUAUGCACCACCACCCCCACCUCUGCCACCACCACCGUCACUGCCACCACCCCCGCCACCGCCACCGCCACCGUCACCGUCACUGCCAACUGAUGCGGUCCAUCUAUCUGUACCUGUACCUGAGAAACAAGAUGGAAGAUUGUCUACACCACUCAAGGAUAGUACAAAUGAAAAUUUGAGCAAACAGAACAACAGAAAGAGAAAAAGUAUUGAAGUAAUGCCCAGUAAUGAAAAGAAAGCUGUUAGUGCUCAUCUUCCUAUAACAAAACUGCAUGAUGAGAUAGUUAAAUUUGGUUUCCAUAAUCUAAAGUCCACAGAUCAACAAAGAUCACCGGGUGGAACACCAAUGAAGAAGCAUGGUUCGAAGAGGAAACUGUCAUCUAAUGAUUGCAAGGCUGUAUCAAGUCCAUUGUCUGUUUUUAAUUUACAAAUUAUCGAAAAAUUCCGAAAUACAAGAAGUCCUAACAUGUCAAAUUUAUCAAGUCCAAAUAGUGCUUUUAACAGUCCUAGUGCUUUUAACUCCCCUGUUUAAAAAAUAUGUUAACGUAUUUGUUCUAUUAGGUGCACAUACUGUAAAGUGCUUUAAUUUCCCUUGGAAUUUAUUUCCAUGGAAGGAAUGAAUCACUGAAAAUAAAAUUCAGUUCAAAUAAACUUCAUUUUAU